AACGGAGCGUAAAUGAAGUAUUGGAGACUGCCGGCUGUGUAUGGUCGAGUGUAAAAAAACGGGAAUAUUUUUUUACUGGAUUUGCUGGUUAUCUAAAGUACCCUGUACCCUACAGUUGAAAAAGAAUAACAAGCUUUGUAAUUAUUAAUUUUAUUGGAAAUAAUGGCCAGCACACGAAUACUUGGGGCAUUGACACGAUUUGGAAAAAAUCGAACACUUAUUACUAGAAAAGUUUUCAAUGUUCCUUUGAGAUGUUUAGCAACAGCUGGAAAUCAGAAGCAUUUAAAAUGUCGAGUUGUUGGAGACGUUGCUGUAAUCACUUUAGAUUCACCAGGGGUCAAAGAAAAUACAUUGAACCGCGAGGUGAUGGAUGAGAUGGUUAAUGUAUUGAAAGAUAUUGAAUCAAAUAUAUCAGUAAAAUCAGCUGUACUUAUAAGUGGCAAACCAAAUAGUUUUAUCGCUGGAGCAGAUAUUAGUAUGCUGCAAAGUUUAAAAACAGAAGACGAAGCAUACCGAACUAUAAAAGCCGGCCAGUCAAUUAUGAAUUCAAUUGCUGAUUCUCGCAAACCCAUUGUAGCUGCGAUACAGGGUACAUGUUUAGGUGGUGGUCUUGAGGUAGCACUCGCCUGUCAUUACAGACUGGCAGUGACAGAUAAAAAAACAGUACUUGGGUUACCUGAAGUAAUGCUCGGACUUUUACCUGGUGCUGGUGGUACUCAAAGACUUCCUAGACUCAUAAUGCUUCCAGACGCAUUAAGUAUGACCUUGACCGGUUCGAAAAUAAAAGCUGAUAAGGCUAAAAAAUUGGGAGUAGUUGACUUACUGGUUAAUCGACUUGGACCGGGAGUAGCAACUCCUGAAGAAAAUACUAGACGGUAUUUAGAAGAGACUGCUAUAAAAACUGCCCAAGAUAUUGCAAAUGGUAAAUUGAAAAUAAGUCGUAGCCCAAAAUCUUUAGUUAGCAAAGUUAUGAAAUUGGCAUUUCAACUUGACUUUGUAAAAGAUCAAGUGUUUAAAAAAUCAAAGGAUCAAGUUAUGAAAAUGACUAAUGGAUUAUAUCCGGCACCGCUUAAAAUUCUUGAAGUUAUUCGUACGGGUUUGGAUAAAGGUAUCGUUGCUGGUUUGGAAGCUGAAGCACGUGGAUUUGCUCAUUUAGCAAUGACUCCUGAAGCUAAAGGUCUGAUUAGUUUGUUUUUUGGACAAACCGCUUGCAAAAAGAAUCGUUUUGGGGCUCCAAGUAAACCUGUUAAAAAAAUAGCAGUCGUUGGAGCAGGAUUGAUGGGAGCUGGAAUAGCUCAUGUGAGUAUUGACAAAGGCUACAAAGUUGUUUUAAAAGAUACCACAGACAGUGGACUGUAUCGUGGUGUAGGACAAAUUCAAAAGGGUUACGAUAAUUAUGUUAAACGAAAGCGUAUGAGCAUUGUUGAGAAGGAACAAAUAAUGACAAAUUUAAUACCAACAUUAGAUUAUAAAGAAUUUAAAGAUACUGACAUUGUUAUUGAAGCGGUAUUUGAAGAUCUGGCGAUUAAACACAAAGUUAUUAAAGAAAUAGAAAGUCAUGUACCACAGCACUGUAUUAUUGCGACAAACACAUCAGCGAUUCCGAUAACUAAAAUAGCUGCAGGCAGUAGUAGACCAGAGCAAGUAAUUGGAAUGCAUUAUUUUUCGCCAGUCGAUAAAAUGCAACUACUUGAAUUGAUAACACACAAAGGUACUGCUACCGAAACGAUAAAAGCAGCUGUUGAUGUUGGUUUAAAACAAGGCAAAGUCGUUAUUACUGUUGGCGAUGGUCCAGGUUUUUACACAACUCGUAUUCUCAGCGCGAUGUUAUCUGAAACACUACGACUUUUACAAGAAGGUGUUGAUCCAACCCAUCUUGAUAAAAUAACUAAGAAAUUUGGUUUUCCGGUUGGACCAACGACACUUUGUGACGAAGUUGGUAUUGAUGUUGGUGCACACAUUGGUGUUGAUUUAGUUAAAGCCUUUGGUAAACGUUUCCAAGGCGGUGACUUCAAUAUUAUGACUGAUAUGGUUAAAGCUGGUUUUCUCGGUAGAAAGUCUGGUAAAGGAAUUUUCGUUUAUGAAGCUGGUAGAAAGGAAAGAGAUGUUAAUUUAGGUGCACUCGAUAUAUUAAAGAAAUAUCAUCUUGAACCCAAAGGAAGUGUUUCUGAUGAGGACCGUCAAUUACGUAUGGUAUCAAGAUUUGUAAAUGAAGCCGUAUUGUGCUUAGAAGAAAACAUUCUUGCUAGUCCGCUCGAGGGUGAUAUUGGCGCUGUGUUUGGUCUUGGAUUCCCACCAUUCACUGGUGGGCCCUUCAGAUGGGUAGACUGCUACGGAGCAAAUAAACUUGUUAGUAAAAUGCAAGAAUUCCAAAGCCAUUACGGCGAGGCUUUUACUCCGUGUCAAACACUUCAAGAUAUGGCACGUGAUGCUACGAAAAAGUUCUAUGUCAAGUAAAUUUAUUUAGUUUUUUUACUUGAUAUAUUUUUCAGAUUUUAAAUAAUAUUUUUAUAUAGAAAUAAAUUUACUAAUACUUAAUAUCAACAAUAGUGUCAAUAACUACUAUGAAAAUUAUUAUAAAGAUAAUUUUUGAUAUUAUUAUUAUUAUUAUUAUUAUUAUUAAUACUUGUUGUCGAAUUUUUAAAUAUUUAUAUAUAAAUAUAAGAUCAUAAGACUUUGAUAUUUUCAUAUUUUUCGAUGAAUAUACUGUUAUAAAUGUAAUGGAAAUUUAUAUGUUGUAACUUUUUUAUGUAAAAAAAAAUGAUAACGAUUAAAAUCGUAACAUAUAUAUGCAUACAUAUUAUGUUUCUAAGUAUAUAAUUGUGAUUUUUAUUUUGUUCUCUUGAAAAAAAAAAUAUAAAGAAAUUUAAUCAUGAGUGCUAUCACUAUUACGUGCAUUAGAUCAUCCGAUCUUGAAUUUUUCCUGACUUCCACUGCAAAACGCGUAGCAUAAAUGAAAAAAUCUAAUGCGCUCGUAAAAAAUAUAAAUGUUUGAAUAUUGUAUUAAUGAUUUAUAAUUUAUUGUAAUUUAUAUUUGAUUAAGAAUCGUAAAUCAAUCGAA